AUGGUCGCUCUUCAUAAUCACCUCCGUACACUGGACUUUGACCUCCAAGGCGAUCUGGCCUUUUUCAGCAACUGGACAUUCUUCAUGGCCGAGGAUUAUGAAUCCGAGAUUGGUGAAUUGAUCCCUACUGGCCCCUAUGCCGGCUCCCUUGGUGCAUUCCAAGCAGGCGUUACCCUUCGGACACGAUACCCAGAUCUUCGCGCCACGGCCAUUGCUCACAACCAAACCAACUUUUGGGCCGCAGACUCGCAUCGCGUAGUCGAGACUGCAAAGUACUUUGCCGCCGGCUUCUGGGGUAUCGACUGGCAGAGCGAAGUUGCAAAAUUGCAUAUCAUACCCGAGACCUCGGAGCUGGGCGCCGACACCUUGACCACAGGCAAUACCUGCAAAGCGUACCUUGAACCGCACAAUCACCAGGGACGCCACAAAGGCUUGCACAAACUCCAGGAAUGGCAAAAUGUAUACAUACCACCCAUCAUCCAGCGUCUGGAGCAGCAGAAUCCAGGCUUGAAUCUGAGUAUCCGAGAAGUGUUUUCCAUGCAAGAACUCUGCGGGUUUGAACUACUCGCUCGGGGAAGCAGUCUUUGGUGCAAUGCCUUUACACACGACGAGUGGCGAGAUUUCGAAUAUGCUAGGGAUAUACUCCAUUACUACCGCACCGGACCUGGAAACAAGUAUAGCGCAGGCCGUGGGUUUCCCUUNUUGAACGCCACUGCCGAUCUUUUGUCUUCUGGUGUAUCUGCUGGCCCUCUCUUUUUCAGCUUUGUGCACGAUGGGGACAUCUUGCCAUUGCUAUCUGCAUUGGAUCUCUUUCCCUCGUCUGAAGAUUUGCCCACGGAUACAGCGCCACAAGCCAGGAAUUGGAAAACCUCUUCGAUUGUUCCCAUGGGUGGGCGUGUCGAGUUUGAGCGUAUGGUGUGUCCGUAUGUGUAUUGUCAUUCUAACGCGCCGCUGUAUCCUAACCAUAUCUAUUGCGAUCCACCGCACCCGGAGCCUUAUAUCCGAGUCGUGGUCAAUGAUGGUGUUGUACCGAUACCUGGUUGCGAUGAUGGGCCGGGAAAGAGUUGUCCAUUGGCUGCGUUUGAGCGAAGAGUCAUGCUGAGAGGUUGGGAGGUCGGCGAUUUUGGCAAGUUGUGUGGGCUUGAGGAAGGAGCGGCCGAUAAGAUUACNUUUUUGCAUCAAUAG